UCCUGAUGUUUACUUCGGUCAGCUGCUUUUCUCUCCGUUUAGUUUCCUCGAAACAACGAGGAAACUUUUUGCUACAGCUGUAAAAUGAGUCGGAUAUUGCGGUUAAUAUGUGCAGAGUGCUGUAAGUCAGGAUUGGAGAGAUGGAAAAGAGGAUACAACGCGUUUAACUGGAAUUCAGCCGCAGUGUUAAAGUUCAGGAAUUUAUCGCAUCGAGGGAAAUUAAGAUUUGGAUCGAAUGAAUUGUUGCUGUCACAGUCAUGCGUUUUCUCCAGCAAACCACCAAAAGGAUUUGAAAAGUUCUUUCCGAAGAGAUCAGCAGCAGAACCCAGAGAGAAAUCCAGCAAACCGGAAUCUAAAAGAAGCAGAUGUGGUGCAGGGACAGGUGGUGGUGAGAAGAAGGAAGAUGGCAGCUGGUGGUCUCGCAACCUACAAAGAGGCGUCCCGUGGGACGAGAAGCAUUUCUGGAACGUCCUCUUUGCGGGAUCCGGGAUGCUGGUGACGUUUCUUUAUUUAUACUUCAGAGAUAAAGGAAGAGAGAUCUCAUGGAAGGAGUUUGUUAAUUACUACCUCGCUCGAGGCCUGGUCAAGAGGCUGGAAGUGGUUAAUAAGCAGUAUGUCCGAGUUCUUCCUGUUCCUGACGUCAGCACAUCAGAUGUGCGUUAUGUUUGGUUUAACAUCGGCACUGUGGACACGUUUGAGAGGAAUUUGGAGCAAGCAGAACAAGAGCUGGGUUUGGAAGCUCCACACAAGCUACCGGUGCUGUACAGCACUGAGAGAGAUUGGUCGUUCCUCGUGAUUUUAGUCCCGUUCGUCGCACUGCUUGGUUUGUUCGUGUUCCGCUCGAAGCAGUGGAGGUCUGGAGGAUGGCAGCGCAGGAGAGAAAACAAUAUCUUUCGGAUGACCGAGUCGAAAGCUAAGAUGGUCAGAGACGGCAUGAAUGUCAGGCUGAAGGAUGUCGCUGGGUGUGAAGAGGCCAAGCUGGAGAUUUUGGAGUUUGUCAACUUCCUGAAGAAGCCCAAACAGUAUCAGGAACUCGGUGCCAAAAUCCCUAAGGGCGCAGUGUUAUCAGGUCCACCCGGCACAGGAAAGACGCUGCUGGCCAAAGCGACUGCUGGUGAAGCUGGAGUUCCCUUCAUAACAGUCAACGGCUCAGAGUUUCAGGAGAUGUUCGUGGGUGUAGGAGCAGCCCGGGUGAGGGACACAUUUGCUGUGGCCAGAAAACACGCCCCCUGUAUUCUCUUUAUUGAUGAAAUCGAUGCAAUGGGCAGGAGGAGGGGUCAAGGACACUUUGGUGGCCAGAGUGAGCAAGAGAACACGCUUAACCAGCUGCUGGUGGAAAUGGAUGGCUUUAACAGCAGCACUAACGUCGUGGUUCUGGCUGCCACUAACCGCGUGGAUGUUUUAGAUUCGGCACUUUUGAGACCUGGACGAUUUGACAGGCAUAUUCACAUAGGGCCGCCUGAUAUUAAAGGCAGGGCUUCGAUCUUUAAAGUGCACAUGAGGCCACUGAAGCUGGAUUCCAGUUUGACAUCGGAUCAUUUGGCAAGAAAACUAGCUGCUCUCACACCUGGUUUCACAGGGGCUGAUAUUGCGAAUGUCUGUAACGAAGCCGCUCUCAUCGCGGCGCGGCACCUCAGCCCAGCUGUGACCUCCAGGCACUUUGAGCAGGCUGUCGAGAGGGUGAUUGGAGGUCUGGAGAAGAAGACGACGGUUCUGCAGCCUGCUGAGAAAACCACUGUAGCUUACCACGAGGCCGGCCACGCUGUCGUAGGCUGGUUUCUGGAGCACGCUGACCCUCUACUGAAGCUGUCCAUCAUUCCUCGAGGUAAAGGCCUGGGCUAUGCGCAGUACCAGCCGACGGAGCAGUACCUGUUCACACGCGAGCAGCUCUUUGACAGGAUGUGUGUGAUGCUCGGAGGGCGCGUGGCCGAGCAGGUGUUUUUUGGCAAGAUCACUACAGGAGCUCAGGACGAUCUGAAGAAAGUCACGCAGUCUGCGUAUGCUCAGAUUAUGCAGUUCGGGAUGAGCGAGUCAGUGGGUCAGAUGGCGUUUGAUUUGCCGCAGCAGAGCGACCUGGUGCUGGAGAAGCCUUAUAGCGAGGCCACCGCUGAGCUCAUAGACCAGGAGGUGCGUUCUCUCAUCAGCAAGGCCUUCGAGAGAACACACCGGCUCAUCACCGAGAAACGAGAGCUGGUAGAGAAGGUGGGGAAGCGUCUCCUGAAGAACGAAGUCCUGGACAAAGCAGACAUGGUGGAGCUCUUGGGCCCGAGGCCGUUUGUAGAGAAAUGCACCUAUGAGGAGUUUGUCGAGGGGACUGGCAGCAUCGAUGAGGACACGAGUCUGCCUGAAGGCCUGAAGGACUGGGACAAGGAGAGCGACUCGUCUCAGCAUAAAGACUCCUCACAGCAGCACAGAGAGUUUAUUUACCUGUAGCACGGACGGAGCUCUGUGGAGCCGUAAAUGACAAAAAUGAGCGUCGGAGCAGACGGAGGAUCCCAGCCGACGCUAAAGAGUUCAUUUUUAAGGCUUUUUUUCCCCCCUUGACUGAGAUAAGGACCUGAGAAGGAGGUUCAAGUUGAAACAUCAAGGCGCUAACGAAGACGCAGGGAUUCAGUCUUGUGGUCUGAGGUGAUCUCAAAACAAGGAUGUGGGGGAAAAAAAAAAUUUUAGUUGGCGUGUGUACUGUAUGUAAUACAAUUAAACUGCAAGAGUGGACUCAUUAUAAAUUCGUUAAUUAA